GUUUUAAAAUGACGUGGUGGGUGUCCAGGCCUUGGUCAUGAUCAGCUCUUGGAAAACCUUGAUACUUCUGGUGGGAUCAUGCAUGUCAACCUGUACUUGUACAGAUUCUGAAUGGUGAGUUAUAACAUCUGAUAGAAACAUGAAAUUUUAUUAAAUAACAUAUUCUAGAGAACAUUUUAUGUAUGUUUUGGCAUGGGUUUCUGUAGACUUUUCUUCUAAACUGAAAUUCUAUUUGGUUGCAGUACUAUGUACUGAAUACGUGCAGAAAUUUUUGUUUCCAUGAAUGAGAGCAAGUCGUCAUAUGUCAAGUUAAAUUAGCUUACAAUAUUGUAACUUACAAUAUUGUUUUACAUUAUUUUCACCACGAUAGCAUGAUAUGCUGGAUUCACUAAAUGAUGUUUUGAUUACCAUAUCACAUUUGAACUCAAGGAGUCAUUAACACAAAGCUUACUUAAAGCUUAAGGUCUUUGGGGAACUUUUGUCCCAUCCUUUUUUCUUCUUUAUUUUUAUUUUUAUUUUUUUGUGUAGCUAGCAGAUGUGACAUGAGCAUUUUGUUGACUUGAAGGUGGAUUUUUUGAUUCACCACUAUUUUACUUUCCAGGUAUUUUAAGCUCUGUGCCUUGUCAAAAAUUUAUGUUGUUUUAAUAUUCUUUUUUUCUCCUGAAGGAUUGAAGUGCUGCUGGUGACAGUCAUGCCACUGCUUAUUCCAUUCUAUUUCUAUUGGUAUUUCUUUCUACUCUUAUACUUAGAUAAUAUGUGACAUGAUACGAAGAUUUCAUUGGUUGUAAGUUAGUUGUCUGUCUUUAUAAAUCACUAAAUAACAUCCCUCCUUAGUCUCGGACUGUCAUUUAUUUCAGGAAGGAAAAAUCAUUACUUUGAAGUUUCUGGUAAAAGCUGGGAGUUGUUUUAAUUGUUUCAGAAACUCUAGAUACAAGAGGAAGUGGAUUUAUGAUAAUGCUGUAGGCAAAGGACAUGAGGUGCCCCAAAUACACACCUAUGUUAUCCUAUGAUAGGAAGGCUAGAUAUCACACCUGAGGGUGAUUCGAUAGAUUACAUAGAAAAUCUUGGAUCACAUUACUUUCCUCCUUGAAUCCAUUUACUAGUUUUUUAUCUUUUACUGCAUCAAAAUUAGAUUUCUUGUCCUAACAAUAAACCUUGUUCUCUCAUUCAUCUCCCAGAUAACAUUUCACUCUCUCAGUCUUUCCCAAUUUCUCAUCCUUCCUCUUGACUUCCAUUGAAUGGCUUUUGUGUCCAAUAUAAGAUGAUGUCACUGUUGCAGAGUCUUCAGCUUCUGCCUGUCUUCCUUCAUAUCUCUCUUAUAACCCCACUUCCCAACAACUUCUCUGUAUGAUUGAUUUCUAAACCUUCUUUACUUGCAAUGGCCUUUGGAAUUCUGGCAUACCAUUCUUGUUUGUCUUUUAAUAAUAUCUAGGAGAAGGUCAGGGCUUUGUUUUCUGGAUCCACUGGCAAGGAAUGCCAUUCUACAAUCCUGUAAGAGGGAUUAAUUCAUGUGUUAUCCACUACAAUGUGAAGUGUUACAUUUUUAUAUAUAGUCUCAUGAAUUAUAGUAAUAACACAUCAUCAAUGAAAGUAUUUUCUUCUGAGAUGAAAUGAAUUAUAUAACUAGUAGAACUAGAAAAGCAUGGUGAAUGCUGUGGAUGAAAGAAUGCACUGUACUGUUUGGCUAUGGCUCCCCAUACCCAAAGUCUUGCACUUAUCUCCACAUCAUAUUCCCAACCUCCUACCAGUCAUUGCUCUGCCAUAAUUUCACUUUUCAUGACAACAUAUUUUGGGUGAAUUGGGAUUUUGAGGUGUCCAAAUUACCGGUCUUCAUCUGUUCUCCCUUUCAGUAGUCUAGAAUAGAAUGAGAAAAAGCUGGUGUCGUAUGAUGAUACCUUGUGGUCAAGCAAGCUCAGCUACUCCAGCUUCCCUUAUUCUUCUCCCUAUAAUAGAUUGGGAACCCAGCAUACACUAAUGAGCUGGGAAUUCUGCCUUGCCCACACCACCCUGUGCUGAUCUAUUUCUAAUCAGGUUGAAGUCCUCUCUCUUGUUUAAAAAAAUAAAUUGUCAAGUUUUAAAAAAGUUUUCUGUAUUUUAACUUUGUUAUGAGAAUGACAGAAGAAUUUCUCUGAUUUUUGCAGAUGUAAGUUUAAAGGUCUGUGAGACACCACAGGGUGGAAAGUAUUUUUUUGAUUAAUAAAACACUUUCCCACCAGGAGCCAGGAUGCUGGCUAAUGCUGUGUUUUCACUUACGGCAGCGACAAGCCUUGCUUCCACCUGCUCUAUAAAUGGGGAACACCCAGGUGCUUCCUGUUCAACAGCUGCUGACAGGAGAGCGAAGGGUCCAUGCUGGCCACCGACCGUGAAAUGGGCUGGUGGUGGUGAGAGCAGGGCUGAGGGCAACAAGGACAGGCAGGUAGGGUACAUGAUGGGGCACGGUUCCUGAGGCAAUCUGUUGAUCACCACAGGAGUUAAGAUCUUGCAAGACUGAGACUGUAGAUUGCAACUUUGUUGGUCUAAUGGGAGGUAUCAGACCAAGGGGAGUCUGGAGCUCUUCCCAUGGCCAAGGGAAAGGAUUUGGAGAAGGGAAAUCUCGUGGAGCGAAAGCAGGAUGUGUGCCGCUAGUGUUUGUAUUGCAUGACCUGAUCAAGAGAGAACAGCUUUGAAGAAAGGUAAAGCUCCUUUGUUGGCAUUUUCAUUAUCAGGUUGGUUUCUUUCAUUUAAUUAUUUGGUUUAGUUGAGAAAAGAGAGAUGUUUUAAUUUUCUUGGAGGAAGUUUUCAUUUUGUCCCUUCCGGUGUUCAGGCAUCCUGAAUCUCAGCUCUUAGUCAUGUAAAUCCCAAGUUAAUCCAUUUAAGGCAAUGACGUUUCCCUGUAGAGCUGGCACAUGCACAGGUCCUUUGCAAGUUUUUCACAAAACCAGCUAUCUCUUUGACUAAAUAUAGCAGUCGCUUAAAAAUGUUACUCGGGGCUAGGCAUAAAACACUAGCCAGAUUAUUUCCGUAUGCUAAAAGUUGGGAAAGAACUGCGUUUUUCUGAAGAUAGAAAUAAGAGCUGGCCUUUUUGUAAUUCCUAUUCUUUUUCUCUUUUCUUCACAAUGCCAGAUUUGCAGCCUGUCCUUUCUAGUCGUGACCCAGCAUGGAAUCUGUAGAAAUAAAGUGGCAGAAGAAACAAGCCUAGUCGAGCUGAAUGGAAGGACUAGCAAUAACACCAGAAAAACACAGUCGUCAACACCAAAGAGCAGGAUAUUUCGAAGAAAACUCUUUCUGGAUAAAUGACUGUUCAGACACCAGAAGGGCAGUUGAUCUCACCAUCUCUUCAGCUCUUUUUCAGGUAGAAACAGUGUGGCCAUACAGGAGAAAAACUCAUCACUUAUGAACUAGCAUUACGAUGUUCUCUUACGUUGGCAGUAGCAAGCUGUGGAAAGGCCGGUGCUGUACGUCGCUGUGAGCGUCCUUGGAGUGGGGACAGGCAGUGGACACCUUUCUUCCCCUCGUUCUCCUUCGCUCAGCAGCACCCAAUGUUUCAGCAGGUGGGAGAAGCCACCACUCAGAAAGCAACCCUGCACCCUUGAUAAACCUGUUCUCUCAGCAACUGGGGUUAUUGCCAGCCCAUAGCAACAGACUUGGAAAAUUGGAUAAAGUUGAAACCUGGGGGUCCCCAGAAGAGUUCAUUUCCUUGUUGGUCCUUAUCAAAGAGAAGUCUCAGUCUUGAAAUGGGAUCUGAGGAUAUCAAAGGCUGCUCUUCACUUUGAGGGAGGAAGGAGAAGAGGAGGAGGAGGUUGAUUCCAUGGAUUUUUCAGUGGCCUGGAAGGAAUUAGGACACUACAGAUCCUCCUUGUCUGUCCUGCACAUCCUCCUCAGCCAGGUGUCAUCAGAUAAACCCAAAAUCAGUUGUUCAAAUCGAUUCCAGUUUUCUGGCAUGUAGGUUGCAAUCUUUUUAUUUCAGGUGUUGCAGUUGGAGGCUCUAGAAAGGAAGAGGUCUGGAUGCUGUGUGUGAAUACCAGGUCCCAGGUGAGAGAAGCGUCCCUCGCUCGCUGACCCUGACCAUGCCAGGAGGGAGAAGGAUGCUGCUGCCCCACUGCCCGCUGCUGCUCCUGCUGCUGCUGCCGCUCGGCUCCAGGCCCCAGAAGCUGCCCACCAGAGAUGAGGAGCUCUUCCAAAUGCAGAUCCGGGACAAAGCCUUUUUUCACGAUUCGUCUGUCAUCCCAGAUGGAGCCGAAAUCAGCAGCUACCUCUUCCGAGACACCCCUAAAAGGUAUUUCUUUGUGGUUGAAGAGGACAACACUCCCUUAGCAGUGACAGUGACACCAUGCGAUGCCCCUCUGGAGUGGAAACUGAGUGUGCAAGAGCUUCCAGAGGAAGCCAGCGGAGAAGGUUCAGGUGAACCAGAACCUCUUGAGCAACAGAAACAGCAGAUUACUAAUGAGGAAGGCACAGAGCUGUUCUCUUACAAAGGCAAUGAUGUUGAGUACUUUGUGUCCUCUAGUUCCCCAUCUGGUUUGUACCAACUAGAUCUACUGUCAACAGAGAAAGAUACGCAUUUCAAAGUGUAUGCAACCACUACUCCAGAAUCGGACCAACCUUAUCCUGAAUUACCUUAUGAUCCCAGAAUCGAUGUCACUUCUCUGGGACGUACAACAGUGACACUGGCCUGGAAACCAAGUCCCACCGCCUCCCUACUGAAACAGCCAAUUCAGUAUUGCAUAGUCAUCAAUAAAGAACACAAUUUCAAAAGCCUCUGUGCUGUUGAAGCCAAGCUCAGUUCUGAUGAUGCCUUCAUGAUGGCUCCAAAACCAGGUCUGGAUUUCAGUCCGUUUGACUUUGCCCAUUUUGGCUUUCCCUCAGACAACAACUCCGGCAAAGAACGUGGAUUCCUAAAGUCAUCAAAGUUUGGGCGCCAAACAUCCUCAAAGCCAAGAGUUGACCUGCACAAAGUUUGUGUUGGGAACAAGAACAUCUUCACAGUGUCAGACCUGAAGCCCGAUACGCAGUACUACUUUGACAUGUUUGCAGUAAAUACCAACACUAACAUGAGCACCGCAUACGUUGGCACCUUUGCCAGAACAAAGGAGGAGGCUAAACAGAAAACAGUCGAACUGAAGGAUGGCAAAGUUACAGAUGUAUUCAUCAAGAGAAAGGGAGCCAAAUUUCUACGUUUUGCUCCCGUUUCAUCUCACCAAAAAGUCACCUUCUCCAUUCAUUCCUGCCUGGAUGCUGUUCAGAUCCAAGUUAGAAGAGAUGGAAAACUUCUCUUGUCUCAAAACGUGGAGGGUGUGCGGCAGUUCCAGCUUCGGGGAAAAGCAAAAGCUAAAUACCUAAUUAGGCUGAAAGGAAGCAAAAAAGGUGCUUCUAUGCUGAAGAUCCUGGCUACAACAAGGCCGAACAAGCAGUCGUUUCCUUCUCUUCCUGAAGAUACGCGAAUCAAAGCCUUUGACAAACUCCGCACGUGUUCGUCGGUCACGGUGGCGUGGCUAGGCACGCAGGAGAGAAACAAAUUCUGCAUCUACAAAAGGGAAGUGGAUGACAACUACAACGAAGAGCAGAAGAAAAGAGAGCAGAACCAGUGCUUGGGUCCAGAUACGAGGAAGAAAUCGGAAAAGGUUCUCUGUAAAUACUUCCACAGCCAGAACAUCCAGAAAGCAGUGACCACAGAGACAAUCAGAGGCCUGCAGCCUGGCAAGUCCUACCUGCUGGACGUUUACGUGAUAGGGCACGGUGGGCACUCUGUGAAAUAUCAGAGCAAAUUGGUGAAAACAAGGAAGUUUUGUUAGUGCCCCUGUACGUGGAAAUAUAUGGAACUCCGCUCUGAACAUUAUCCUACUUCCAAGUAUAUGGAUUGACUACUUGCACAGCUGAGAAGUUGUGACCUGUAUUUGUACUGUGUAGAAAAGAUAUCAACUUGUAUAUUUAUGUUUACAUAAGUAAUUGUUUGGAGGAACUGAGGCUGGUGCUCUCCCGUAGCAUCUGGCAACGGUAUUACCAUGUGUCCGGUGACCCACAUGUGAUGCUCAGUAGAUGUCCAAGGUAGCAGCAGGAAACCUCGAAGGAACUGGCACUCCUUUGCUUCCAUAUUGCAUGAACUGCUUCUAAAUUAUUUUAUACUUAAAAGGCUGAGAUACAUCAUUCGUCCACCUUGUUAUUCACACACAAAACUCACAGACACCCACCCUUUCUCUCAGUGUAGAUGCUAGGGCUUCUGUAAAUUAUUUUAUAGAGUCUUGUUUUAAAUGUUUAUGUUUCUAUGAUUGUAAACUAUUAAAAUCUCUCCCCAAUAAAAUACAGAUCUAAACUAAGUAUUAACUGGGCUGCACACGAAGCAGUUUCAUUGCUAAUGUAAAUUCUUACCUAGCUGAUUUUCAUGUUUAAAUACUGUAUGUAUUUCAUGUACAAAGUUGCCAUAACGUUAUAUUCCUGUACAUAAAAUUAAAAAUAUUAGAUUAUA